GCAAAUUUUUAAUAAAAAAACCAAAAAUUUCUACUCUUUGGUUAAAAAUUGACUUGAUUUUGAAAUUCAAGAACUAAAAUAUUGUGGAGAGUGGGUAAAACCUAAUAGCGCACAGACAACUUAUCACACGUUCGACCUUUCUAGAGCCCUGUCGUUCCUUCUUCCCUCUCUCAAAACGAAUCCAAUAAUUAGAAAAAAAAAAAAAAAUUGAAGAAACAUCCAGGUGUUGUUACCGUUCUAAUUCAUUAGAAAAAAAGAAACCCUAAAAAUCCAAUUCACCGUCAAUGGAGGGAUCGACGCAAAUAGUGGACGUGGGGUCCAUCGUUGAAGCCGUUUCCGCCGAUGAUUCCGACGCCCCUCUCUAUCAAGUCGAAAGCCUCUGCAUGCGCUGCGGCGAUAAUGGAACAACUCGGUUUCUGUUUACUCUAAUUCCGCAUUUCAGAAAGAUAUUGUUAUCAGCCUUUGAAUGUCCACACUGUGGUGAGAGGAAUAAUGAAGUGCAACUUGCCGGUGAAAUCCAACCGAAAGGCUGUCGUUACACACUGGAAGUUCCAUCAGGUGAUCAAAAGAUGUUCAAUCGUCAGGUGGUGAAAUCGGAAUCUGCCACUAUCAAGAUACCUGAAUUGGACUUUGAGAUCCCUCCCGAGGCUCAACGCGGGUCUUUGUCAACAGUUGAAGGGAUACUGAUGAGAGCUGCUGAUGAGUUGGGAUCCCUUCAGGAAGAGCGAAAGAAAGUAGAUCCAAAAACAGCUGAAGCAAUAGAUGAAUUCUUGAUAAAAUUGAAAGCUUGUGCGACUGGAAAUUCACAUUUUACCUUCGUUCUUGACGAUCCUACUGGAAACAGCUUUAUCGAGAAUCCGUAUGCUCCAUCUCAAGAUCCAACCCUGACUAUUAAGUUCUACGAUCGUACACCCGAAGAACAUGCUGCCUUAGGGUAUUCUGCAGAGAUAUCACAAGAAGCACCUGUCACAGAAAAUGCUUCGGACGAACCACAUGGCUCAGUUGGAGCAAGAGAUGGUCGUCGUGCUAUUGCUCAGGGUAAUAGUGUACAGUUUACCGACGCUUUAUUUCGAUAUUCUGCUCCUGAAGAGGUCAUGACUUUUCCGUCAACAUGUGGAACUUGUGCUGCCAAAUGCGAGACCCGCAUGUUUGUUACAAAUAUUCCCUACUUUCAAGAAGUGAUAGUUAUGGCCUCCACUUGCGACGCAUGUGGUUAUCGUAACUCUGAGGUAAAGGCUGGCGGACCGAUCCCCGAUAAAGGAAAGAAGAUAACAGUUCGCGUGAAGAACUUCAAAGAUCUUAGCCGGGAUGUGAUAAAGUCCGACACGGCUUGUGUGGAAAUACCGGAGCUUGAAUUGGAACUUGGUAGUGGAACAUUAGGUGGACUCGUUACGACCGUCGAAGGGUUGAUAUCUAAUAUCGGUGAAAGUCUUGCAAGAGUACAUGGGUUCACUUUCGGGGAUAGUCUUGAUGAAAACAAACGGAACAAGUGGAUAGAUUUUGGAACAAAACUUGACAAGCUAAAAAGCUUGGAAGAACCCUGGACUUUAAUUAUCGAUGAUGCUUUGGCAAAUUCCUUCGUUGCCCCUGCAACCGAUGAAAUCAAAGACGACACUCAAUUAACAUUUGAGGAAUACGAGAGAUCUUGGGAGCAGAACGAGGAAUUGGGUCUCAACGACAUGGAUACCUCUGCGGCUGAUGUUGCUUACACUAUUGCCGAUAAAGAGAAUACCAAUAUCGCUGAUUGAUUAGUCGAUUUUUUUUUUGCUUGUAUUAAAUGAGUUUUGUAACAUUAAUAUAAGAUGAAUUUGUAACAUUACGAUGAAAUUUUGGUAGGAUAUUGUUGUGUUUGAAAAACAUUGGAGGAUGUCGAUGGACAGUUAACACUGAAUUAUUUAUCGUAAUUUUCUGUGUUUUAAAGAUGGUAGGUAGUAUCUAUUUUCCUUCAA